AUAUAAAGUUAUUCACAUAUGAGGCUUAGUGGAAUUAUUCGGUUCGGCGUUGCUCGCGUUUAGUGGAUGACGGCAUUCCUACAUAUUCAUUUUUUUUUCUUUAUUCCACGAGGAGAAAAUCGCCAACUAAAGCUGCACGGCGCAAUCAGGGUGAAGCUCAAGUCAGCUUCGCAUCGAUGGUGCGAUCGUGCGCAAGGGCAAGAUUUUACACCGAUCGAUGAGGAGGCAAGGAGAAUAAAGCGCUCAAGAUGGCUUCGCGGGCGUUGGGUCGCGCUAUGAUGGGAAGCUUCCCACAGCGCAGUGCCGCCAUCGCAAACCGACCUCGCCAGCUCCCUCAACAACUUAUCGUCUUGCCUCGUAACGAGCUAUCCACCAUACCGAGAUCGCUAAAUACCCCGGAAAUCUCCUCUCAAUCUCCCCUCCACAACUCUUCGACCUCCCCUCAUCUCAUCCGAUCGCAAACCCCACCAGGCUUUUCUCCGAGCCCCCUCGGCUUUACUUCUAUUUCACCACCAUUGUCGGCGGCGACCUCGCGAUGGCGAUCCCCAAUUGGUGUAUUAAGGUAUUUGUCUACGAGUCAGGCGUCCCGCCGAGAGAAUCAGAUUGCGACAAAGCCGAGUAUUCAGAAAGAGGAAGUUGGGGCUAUUGCAUCAGAAGCGGCAAAGGCUGUGGAAGACGGCACGCAGACCUACGAGGGCUUCGAGAAGAGCGACAAGGCUACCAAAGCGGCCCAAAUCAACCUACGAGCUCGUCUCUCCCACGAUGGGAAAGAUUACAAGAAGUCAUGGCAAUUCAGCGAGAUCUGGCGCCUCAUCAAGAUCGCAAAGCCGGAGGCUAGGAAUCUCGCCAUUGCCGUCAUCUUGCUUCUCACUUCCUCAUCCCUCUUCAUCUCUCUCCCUCUCGUUGUCGGCAAGGUCAUGAAUCUAGCUACGUCGAAAUCAUUGGAGGAGACGGAAAUCUUCGGCCUAUCGCUUUACCAAUUCUUCGGUGCCUUCGCUCUAGCUCUCACCGUCGGCGCGUGCGCUAACUUCGGCCGUAUCGUACUGCUUCGUAUUAUCGGCGAGAGAGUUGUUACACGCCUGCGUGCGCAGCUUUUUAGAAAGACGUAUAGCCAGGACGCCGAGUUCUUCGACGCGAACAGGGUUGGUGAUCUCAUCUCUCGACUCGGAACCGACACCAUCGUCGUGGGCAAGAGUAUUACGCAGAACGUUUCGGAUGGUUUGCGGUCUCUCGUGAAUAGCGUUUCGGGACUCGCCUUGAUGGCCUGGAUUAGCCCUAGCCUGACUGCCGUCAUAUUGGUUGCCGCCCCUUUUAUCGGCAGCGCUUCUUUCAUCUACUCUCGUAUCAUCCGAAAACUGAGCCGUAAGAUGCAGCAGAACCUAGGAACAUUGACCAAGAUUGCGGAAGAACGGCUGGGAAAUGUCAAGACAAGCCAGGCUUUUGCCGGUGAGGCUCAAGAGGUCCGUCGGUACAACACCCAGGUGAGGAAGGUUUUCGAGCUUGGAAAGAAGCAAUCUAUUUACGACGCGUCUUACUUCUCCGGAACAUCGUGGAUGGGCAAUAUGACGAUAAUCGGCUUGCUCUGGUUCGGCGGAAACCUUGUAAGAGAUGGUAUAAUGACUACUGGUGACCUGACUACAUUCGUCAUGUACGCAUUCUGGGCGGGUGGCGGAUUGUUCGGUGUCGCCAACUUCUACUCGGAACUGAUGAAAGGCGUCGGUGCAGCUACGCGGAUCUUCGAACUUCAAGAUCGUAACACAGGCAUUUCCACGACCAAGGGCAUCAAGGUCACAUCGGCACAGGGUCCUAUCAAGUUUGAAAACGUCUCAUUCGCCUAUCCUACUCGUCCUGCUGUUACAAUCUUCAACGGCCUAAACUUUGAGAUACCCUCGGGAACUAACGUAUGCAUUGUUGGUCCCUCGGGUGGUGGAAAGUCGACGGUAUCAUCCCUACUCUUAAGAUUCUACGAUCCUACCGAAGGUUCCAUCAGCAUCAAUGGCGUGGACAUAGCCAAGAUGAAUGCCAAAUCUUUACGGCGCCGUAUCGGCAUGGUGUCACAGGAGCCGGUGCUAUUCUCGGGUACUGUGGCCGAAAACAUCGCGUACGGGAAGCCAGAUGCUACUAGGUCUGAAAUAGUGACAGCUGCGCAAAAAGCAAACUGUGGGUUCAUCGGCGACUUCCCGCAAGGCCUCGAGACUCAGGUUGGCCCUAGAGGUGCACAACUCUCCGGCGGGCAGAAGCAACGUAUUGCCAUUGCGCGAGCCCUUAUCAAGGAUCCGGAUAUUCUCAUUUUGGAUGAAGCCACCUCAGCCCUCGACGCAGAAUCGGAGACGGCUGUCAAUCUAGCACUAGCGGCAUUGCUCAAGGGUCGCCGACGGACUACCAUCUCUAUUGCUCAUCGACUUUCAACCAUCAAGAGAUCAGACAAGCUUAUUGUACUAUCCAGCAAAGGCACGGUUGCCGAAGUCGGAUCGUACGAGGAGCUUAGCUCGAAUCCCCACAGCGAAUUCACCAGGCUGAUGGAAUGGCAGAUGAGCGGAGGUGAUGUUCCUUCCAAGGCAAAGGAGCUCACGGAAUCCGAGAUCCUUGAAGAGGAGCUCGAAGAAGCGGAUGAGGAAGAGCUUGGUGAGGAAGAAGAGGAAGCUGUGAGACAAAAGUCGGAGAAGUAAUAAUCACACUUUCGACAUAGCACACUCUACAUGAAACAAAAAAGGGGAAGGGCUCGUUUUUAGUUUUCUCUCAUGUGUUCUCGGGAUCUUGCAAAAGGUCGUUGGUCGACCUGGUUUAUAGGUUCUUAGAAAGGACAUAAGUCACGACGGGGAAAACAGGCGAGGUAUUCAGGGCGAUGAAUGGACGUUGUAUAUGUAGAAUAAUUGAGUCCAGAACUCCACUCGAUACCUACGACAUGAUAAAGUUGGACUCGGAGGGAAAGUCCACGGGUCUCUCGGAUAGAAUAGGGGAAGGUUUGGCACGGUGGUGAUAUGUAGAAUCUAACGGCACAACAAAUACAGGUUUUGAAUUGUACUCUAAGUGACGCCUUCGGUAUUAUUCGUUAUUUGGAAUGUUUCCUGAAUUCGUGUAAAUGUUACGCUUAGGUACGAGCCCUGGUGGAUUUACUGGCCUAUGGUUUAGAACUCAUCGGGGGGGCAUGAGCUGGGGCGCUCGACUUGUUUAAUUCGACAUUGAGCAAGAAACGAUGUGAACAACACAGCUGACACCUCAUUUUUAUUGGGUUUUUGAUUUUACAAGUACAUUGAAUUAGUCGGCGGAGCUGUA